AUGUUUACCCCGGCGGCGAAACGCCGACGAGUCGAGGCGGCGAACGAGACGCUUCGGAAACCGUUCAGGUCGCCCUUGGUGCAGCGGGACCGAGGCCGAGGCCAAGAUCCAGGCCCGGAGCGGACCCGGGAGGUCAGCACCGCGGACACUGCUGCUGCGGUGGCGGCGGCGGAGGAGGAUCCUGCGGCUGAAGAGGAUGACGAUUGUGAUUCGGCGGCACCGGCGACCACGGACCCGGCAGCAGCGUCAUCGCCAUCUGCGAGGGGGGCUACGACGACGACACCACGGCACGCUAUGGAGAAGUUUGCGACGCCUGGGAAAGGGGGGGUGAGCGGCACGUUCGCGUCUACGUCUACGGCUACGGCUACGCCUACACGCCGGCCCUUUAGCGUUCCGCGCGCGCGUGGGACGCAGCUGACGGGUGCCUCACCUUCGCCGUUGCGGACGACGGCGGCGACAGGCUCUUACGGUGCUGGUGGUGCUGGGAAGACGGGUCCCGGGCUCGGGUUUGUUGGUGGAGGGAGCAAGAGUGAGAGGGAGGCGGAGGGGAGGGAGGAGGUUCUGCGGCAGGCUGAGCGGAUUCGCGGCGGCGGCAUCGCUGUGAGAGAAGGGGAGACGGACGAGGAGCUUGUCGAGUUGAUUGGCAGGUGGAGGGCCGCGAGCCGGAUUGCGGCGGAGGAGGUGUUUGAGGGGUCUAAGGAGAGGGUUGAGGGGAUGGGAGGGUUGAAGGCUUGGAGGAGGGCGAGGAGGGAGGACGAGGUUAGGUUUAUGGCGAUGGUGGAGGGGGAAGAAAGUGCUGGAAGGGCUGGGAGGGGUGGUUGUGAGGAGUGGGAGGGGAGUGACGGAGGGGAUCGUGGUCAAGGAGGAGAGGGAGAUGAUGGUGAGGGUGAGGAAGAGGAAGAAGUGGAUGAGGAGUUCACGAUGGGGACGAUGCUCCGGAGUAUGAAUAUCGAUUUUGAGAUCAUCGGCUACGAUGAGGAUACCGGUUGGUGGAGGGACGGGUGA